UUCCUUGAACAUGUGUUUUUGAGGCCGGCGUUUGCCGAAUACGGAACAGAAUUCUGCUGUGCGUUUAUAGUGCAUGUUGCCGUCACAGAAUUCAAAGAAAGAGCAUGUCAAGAAUGCAGUUCAGAGUACGCCUCCUGUCAUUGGCUGUAGCCAUCUUGGUGGCGGCCAAUCACAUUCCAGGCUCCGCCUCUUUAGCUGUGAUGUCAGUAGAUCUCAGCUCUGAGUGGCUAAAGAUUGCCCUGGUCAAGCCGGGUGUUCCCAUGGAAAUUAUUCUCAACAAAGAAUCGCGUCGGAAAACACCGGUUAUGGUGUCCAUCCGGAACGGUGAAGUCCAGUUUGGUGAUGCUGCCCUUGCUGUGGGAACUAAAUAUCCCCAAAAUGCCUACUUCUACAUGCAACACAUCUUAGCAAAAAAAUUAGACAGUCCAGCUGUGAAGAACUACCUCAAAAGAUUUCCUUAUGUCAAGCUGGGCGAAGACGAAGAACGAGGCACCGUUUACUUCGAGAGUGGCGAAGAGAGAUACUAUCCUGAGGAAUUACUCUCCAUUGUCCUCAACAAGUCCAGGGCCCUAGCAGAGGAAUUUGCCGAGCAAAAAAUCAAGGAAAUCGUCAUCACGGUCCCGCCAUUCUUUAACCAAGCCGAGAGGGAAUCGGUGAUGUAUGCGGCCGAAUUGGCAGAUCUGAAAGUACUUCAACUUAUCAAUGACAACGCUGCAGUGGCUCUCAACUAUGGUGUGUUCCGCCGCAAUGAUUUCAACACCACCGUCACUAACGUCAUGUUCUUUGACAUGGGUGCUGGCAGUACCACGGCAACCGUCGUUAGUUACCAGGUCGUCAAGACAAAAGAGAAGGGCAUUAGUGAGACCAACCCUCACCUGUUUGUCAAGGGAGUCGGGUUUGACCGCACUCUUGGUGGACUUGAGAUUGAUCUGCGACUCCGAGACCACCUGGCCAAGAAAUUCAACGAAGCUGGUAAGACCAAGAAGAAUGUCUUUGAGAACCCCCGAGCCAUGGCCAAACUCUUCAAGGAGGCCAACCGCGUCAAGAAAGUGCUGAGUGCAAACGUGGAUCACUUUGCACAGGUUGAGGGAGUUCUUGACGAAGUUGACCUUCGUGUGAAAGUUACGAGAGCUGAACUAGAAGAGAUGUGUGGGGAUUUGUUUGAGCGCAUCGCUGGGGUUGUGGAAAUGGCAUUGAAAUCAUCUGAGAUGACCAUGGGUGAGAUUGACAGUGUAAUUCUCGUAGGAGGAGGCACCAGAGUUCCCAAAGUCCAAGAAAAACUCCUCCAAGUCACAAAGAAGGGUGAGCUUGCCAAGAACAUUAACGCUGAUGAAGCAGCGGCCAUGGGCGCCGUCUAUCAAGCUGCUCACCUCAGCAAAGGAUUCAAAGUUAAGAAGUUUGUCAUCAGAGAUGCUAACUUGUUCCCCAUUCAGGUGGAGUUUGAGCGUCACAUGACUGAUGAUGAUGGGUCAGAGGUCACCAGGGUGGUCAAGAGAACGUUGUUUGGCCGCAACAACCCUUUCCCACAGAAGAAGGUCAUGACCUUCAACCGUCACAUGACUGACUUCUCCUUCAUCGUGGGCUACAAAGAUCUGGAGAGUAUCCUCCCUCCAGAAGAUCUUGAAUCAUUUGGCCCAACUAACCUGACCACAUACACACUGAAGGGUGUUGCUGAUGCGCUGGAGAAACAAUCAGGUGCAGAGCCCAAGGGCAUCAAAGCACACUUCCGAUUGGAUGAGAGUGGGAUACUGUUCUUGGAUUCGGUGGAGUCAGUCUUUGAGAAGAUGGAGACGGUGAUGGAAGAAGUGAACGACACGGAAGAGGAACAGUCGACAUUACAGAAGUUGAGUAGCACAAUUAGUCGGUUCUUCUCAGGAUCGUCAGAUGACAGCACAGCAGAUAGUCCACCACAAGAGGGCGACAAAGCAGGGGAGAAUGGUGCCAUGGAGGAGGAGAAGGAUACCAGUGAAACUGGUACUAGUGAAAGAGAUAGCAGUGAUAAGGACACCAGUGAAAAGGAUGCAACAGAGGGUCAAGAAACAGGAGAACCCAAACCAGCAGAAGAUGAGAAAGUGGAAGACAAGGAGGCAGAUGACACCAACGAGUCAACGGAAGGACAAACAGGGGAGGAAAAAGAGGAAAUGAAGGAGCAGGGUGAGACGGAAGAGACGCAGGAAGAAGAGGGAGGCACGGAAGACCAGUCGGAAGGCGAGGCAGGGCAAGGAACAAAAGAUGAGGCUGAUUCAGGUGACAGCGAUACCAAGGAGGCAAGUGAAACAGCUGAGGACGAGAAAGUUGACGGAGGAGAGGAGACGAGCAGUGGGGAGGAAAGCAUAGACAGUGACGCCAAAGCAGACAUUUUUGAGAAAGAUGGGCAAGAGGAAAAGAAGACAGAGGACAGCAAGAAGAAGACGAAGAAAGACAAGAAAAAAGACAAGAAGGGCAAAAAGGGCAAAGAGUCCAAGGAGGAGAAGAAAGAAAAGAGGAAGAUUGCCAAGCCCAAGGUGAUCACCAUCAAGGAGAACUUGACAGUAGAGACUCAGGCUCAUGGCAUCCCCAAACCCUCCAGAGAGUCUAGAAAAACAUCCAGGAACAAGUUAAAAGAUCUGCAGAGGAAGGAAGAAGAACGUCUCGCUCGAGAGACGGCUCUCAACUCCUUGGAAUCCUUCAUCUAUGACAUGCAAGAUAAGCUGUAUCAGGAGGACUAUGAGACUUGCUCCACCGAGGAGGAACGAGAAGGCCUCCUGGGCAAGCUACGAGAGGCAUCUGAUUGGUUGUAUGAAGUCGAGGAUGAUGCCCCGCACACCAUAUUCCGGGAUAAGAUGAAGGAGCUAAAGAAGGCCACCAAGAGUUUAUCCUUCCGCGUCAAAGAGCGCAGAGAGCGCCCUCAGUUGAUCGGCGAGCUCAAACAGCUACAGAACGUCUCACAGAUCUUCCUUGCUGCAGCCAAGAAUGCCUCGGAGGAGCUGAAGAUCUUCACAGACGUAGAGAUUGGACUCUUAGAGAAGGCUUACAACGACUCCCUGGAGUGGUAUGCCGCCAAAUCGCUGGCCCAGCGCAACACCCCCGACACUGAGAAACCUGUCCUGCUGACAGAGGAUUUGAAAACCAAGAUAACCGCCUUGGAUCGUGAACUGAGAUACCUGGUCAACAAAGCGAAAGCUGGACCUCCAAAGAAAAAAGACAAACCCAAGGACAAAACAAAAAAGAAGAAGAAGAACGUUAAUGAAACAGAAACAACAGGAGAAGAGAACACCAAGGAUGAGAAAACAAACGACACAGAAAGUUCUGAACCAACUGAGAAGCCAGCAGCAACCCCAACUGAAGAUAAAUCUGAUGUUCCGGAGACGAUAGAACCAGAUUCCGACCAAGCGGGCCAACAAACACAGGAGGAAACAUUACAAUUACCUGCCCCAGAGGAAGAAGCUAAAGUUCCCUCAGAAGAAACAGAUAAGAACACAGAGGACACAGAAUCAACAGAAUCAACAACAACUACGACAGCGGAAACAAAUACAGACACGUCACGCAACACAGGAGAUCUAUGAUACCACGAGGGCCAUCUGAAAAUGUUGAAUAAUAAUUAUAUUCUGUAAAGAGACAUAAAAGGCAAUUAUGCCCCAAUUGUUCUGUGCGUGGAUAAACGAGGGCAGUGUUUCCUCACCCUGAAACUGUGUGUGGCACUUCUGUUUCAUUAUAGUUCACAUUUACCUAUCAUCUGUUGCAUUUAGCUAAGGGCACCAGGGAAAAUGGAUUCCCAAUCCCUGUAUUAUAUUCUGGAUUUUAUAUUAGAGACAGGAGCCAGUCUAGAAUUAAAGACAUUGACUUCACUGGUUCACAUGGUCUGUUAUAAAUGUUGAAAAUCACUGGAUACCAGGCAAGCAGUGUGCAAUGGCUACAACCUUUCACACUUUCCAUUAAGACAGGUGCCAGGGGAUGGGAGUUUUCUCCCAGUCAGCUAUGAUCUGCCCCACUUUGUCUUUUCCAGACCCCCCAGUUGCAUGCCUUGGGUGCAUGCUCAUGAACAGAGCUUGUAUUUCCCUGGAGCACCAUAUUUGAUGGACUGUUCAUGUGGCCCAGUCAUGGUUUAAAAGCAGAGCAAAGGUCACAUGACCAAAGAAGAUGAGUCACCAGAUAGUUGAAGUGUUUGCCCUGCUAAGUCGGAGUGUUACGUGUACCUUUAUCGCAGCAAUCAUUUGUAUGUACAAGUUUUUAAGUUGUAUAUUUUACCAACAGCAUUGUGAAUCUGCUGGAUGAAAUUCGGUCAUCAAUCUGGACAUUGGAAAUUUGAGGCAAAUGAUUUUUUUAAACAGAUGCUAAAAAACCCAAUUUCUGAAGUUUGACCCUCAGUCAAAAUCAAAUAUAAAUUCUUGAAUGCAGUCUGUUCGUAGUUUGGCACAAAAUUGCCUCAUGGGAAGGAUGAUUUAGGAGACUUCAUUUACAUAAAAAUCAGCCCUUUUGUCCAAACAAGUUGAUCAUUACUUAUAAAAAUAUGGCAAACAAAAACUACUGCAAACUGCUUGCUGGCUACAGUGACCUGAAAUACAAACCGUAAAAGUAGAAAGAGCUGACAUUUUGAUCCAAGCAGAAUCUUUCUCACAAUCUUUCUCAAAGGCCUUUGAGAAAAGUUCUGCUAGGAUUGAAAUGUCAUACUCUCCUUUCCUUGUGAUUGCAAACAUUAAUGCAGAGUUUGGUUAUUUUUCCUUCAAAUUCAUUCCACCCGAAUUUAGUUUCAUAGGCCUAUACCGUGGUUUUAGCCUCAAGAAAUAUUUUUCCUGGUAUUAAAAACAGGAUUUUCGGUAAUGAAACCGACAUACUGAUUUUCAGUUCUGUGAAGACAUUUUGAGAGAAUAGGGGUUUGGAAUCUUUCAGAAUGCCUUACCAUAACCAUAGCUCAAUUGGCAAUCUCCUGCCAGAGUACCAUGCAGGUUGCAGGUAAAAGUAUCCUUGGGUGUUUGUGUCUGAUUUUGUGUUUAAUUCAAGGGAAUGUUAUCAACUGUCCUUUCACUGAAUUUGAUGAUCUAUGAAUUAUUCUUUUGUCUACAAAUGUAAAUGUGCUAAUUUAUGCUUCAGUGUUGGUCCCUGUGUGGAGUUACAUUUAUGUCACUGAGUUGGUGAUGAAUUUUUAGCAGAAUGUCUGUGGGUUUUAUCUUUUUUUUAAAGAAAAAAUCAGUUUUUUGCUGGUGGGUUGGGCAGGCAUUUUCACAAUGAACUGCAAUUUAUAUUUAUUGAGUAAAUUGUGAAUAAUCUGGAAGUCCAAAUAAUUGUUUGGUUGCUUCAAGUUUGUUUCUGUCAGACGGUAAUGAUUUUUUUCAUUGUGUAAGUAAAUUGUAAGUAAUCCAAUUACUUAAUUUGUCUAGUGCCAUUUCCAGUGAAUUUGAAGUCAUUCUUGAUUUUAAAAAAUGAAUUCAGACUUGGAAUUAGAAUCUGUUGUAACAAUGAGAGCAGUGGGUUAUUAACCUUAGUAGAGUCUCAUGUCCAUAAAUUUGAUACAGUUUACAGUUUUUCCUUUGUUUUUCUUGUGUUGAAGUUUCUGUUUCAUGUGGAAGAUACGGUGUAUAUGAAAAUUGCGUUCAUGAGUCAUCUAUGUUUGCCUUUAUUUAUUUUACGAGGGAGUUGGAUACAAAAUACAUUUUUUUGAGAACGAUCACA